AUGUCUAAACAAGAACCAAUAUCAUUCAAGAGUAAGAAUCAUGAUAAUGAGAAUUCACAUUCACGUAAUACCUCAAUAACUACUGAUGAAAAUAUAUCACCAGAAACAACAAUUAAUACAACCACAGAAGAUUUAAGAGCAAAUUUCACAAGUGCAACUACUUCUAAAACAUCUCCACAAUCUUCACCAUUAUUAUCAUCAACUCCACCCUCAGUUUCAAAAGCUUUAGUAUCUGCAUAUCCUUAUUUGUUAAUUAUAAAUAAAUUUUUAUCAAUUAUAACAUGGACAAAUGAUAAUUAUUGGAUUAAUGUCGUUUUAAUAAGUUUAUAUUCAUUAAUUAUAUUAUAUUUUGAAAGUUUAAUUACUUGGUUUGGUCAUCUAAUAUUAGUACUUAUAAUUACAUUUUAUUCAAUUUUAAAUAAUAAAAUCAUUGAAGAAUCUAAAAUUAAUCCAACUUUAGAUGAUAUUAUUCAAAGUUUAACUUCAACAUGUAUAAAAGCUGAUAUUUUAUUACAACCAAUUAUAUCAUUAUCAUUAACACCAUACGAUAUUAAAAGAUUAUUAUUCACAACUUUAUUUUUAACUCCAAUUUAUUUAAUAGUUACACUUUUAAUUAUAAAACCAAGAAUAAUCUUAUUAGUCACUGGAUUAUUUUUAUUAACUUAUCAUUCAUCAUAUUCCAUUGUAACUAGAAGAAUUUUAUGGAAAAUUAAAAUUGUUAGAAUAAUUUGUUUUUAUUUAACUGGUUUAGAUUUAUCAAAAACAAAAAAUCAUUCAUUAUUUGCUGCUGCUUUUGCAAAAGUUCAAAAUAAUAAUAAUUUUAUGACUAAUGAUGAUAGUAAACCUUCAAAUUCUAAACCGGUUAGAUUUACUUAUGUAAUUUAUGAAAACCAAAGAAGAUGGUUAGGUAUUGGUUGGACAUCAAAUUUAUUAUCAUAUGAAAGAACUCCUUGGACUGAUGAAUUUUUAAAUGAAAGUUCUAGUAUUGAUACUUUUAAAUUACCAAAUACUACAACAGAUAAUUUAGAUUCAACUGAUUCAAAAAUUCAAAAUGCAACUUGGAGAUGGGUUGAUAAAACUUGGAGAUUAGAUUUAACUAAUGAUGGAGCUAUUACAUUACCAAGUUCAAAAAGAAGUAAAACUACCGCAAAUCCAGACAAAGAUGAAGGCUAUAUUUAUUAUGAUAAUACUUGGAAAAAACCAGGUACUGAAGAUACAUUUUCAAAAUAUACAAGAAGAAGAAGAUGGAUAAGAACUGCAGAAUUGGUUUUUGAUAGUUCAACAACUACGACGAUUGAUGAUAAAAUUGAUGAAGCAAUUGAAGAAAAAGUUGGAACUGAAUCAUCUCCAAAAAAGAAUAUUAAAAAUUUAAGAUUUAAAGAAACAGCAACAGAAGAAGUUGUAAAAGAUCAAAAUAAUAAUGAUGAUUUGAUCAAGAAAGAUUUAAUUGAAAUAGAUGAAAAAAAGGAACUAUAG